AUGUCAAACUGGUCCUGUGGUCGGAGUCUGACGCAGUCACAACGUGAACGCAAGAGAGAGCGGGACCGGGUCACGAAACGCCGCAAGAAGGAAGCGGUCGACUUUUCCGCAAAGAUGCUCCAUGCAGAGUUGGCCCACCUGAGAAGCUCUCUCAAGAGCGUCAUGGGUGCGAUGGGUUGCACCGACCCUUCGACCGUGGUAGCCUGCGACAAUGCCAGAAUUCACGAGACAAUGUCCCCGUCUCAGCAGUCACUGAAUCCCUGGACUGGUCAAGAUGUGGGUGAACCGUUGCGGGACGAUCUACUUGCACCGUCUGAUACCUCUUCGUGGUUAAUUGCGGAUACUGUUCUUCCAGCGCAGCCGCUUCCAGAGCAAGGCAGUCUUUUCGGUAAAACGUCAUGCGCGGUGGCGCCGUCCCUACAUUUACCGGCUCAUCCUUCACCAGACCGAGUACGCCUGACGCCGGGCGAGCACAUCAAGUACGAGUUCGGCAACGAAACGAGUACCUUUCUUUUGGGACGAUUCAAUACCGCCUUUGAAGGCAUUUACAAUAUCGAUCGUGGCCUGGUUUGUCUGGACGACAGACUCAAUCAGAACGCCCUGAUCCGAGGGGUCCUUCGAGGUUGGGAUAGUCUACAGCCUCUAGCGCGUCGCUGUCCUCUGUGGGACGUUCUUCGCAACAUUGACGAAGGUCUUUUUCUCCUCAGCGAAGUCACAACGAGACUCUCCAUGCUUCGUGCUGUCCAUUUUAUGUUACUGGUACGGAUUGUCGAAGAUCGCAAACCUAAGACCUCCACCCUAACUCUCCUGCAGUUUUUCAUCGGUCUGUGGACCUGUAAUGAUCUUCCUCCCUGGUACCGGCCAAGGCCAGGACUUCGAGAACGUUUCACCUUUGCCGACCCACAGCUAUUGAACAAUAAAUUUUGGAAGCUUUUUGCCCUAUCGUUCCGGCUUCACUGGCCAUAUGAGUUGGGCGACAUCUUUCGCCUAGACGAAACCGGUCUUUACCAAUUUUCGGGUCUGUACGAAAAGACGUUUCGAGACAUCAACACAUGGACCAUGGACUGCGAAUUCUUCCAAGCAUUUCCCGAAACGUACGACGACAUCAUGCCGUACGGGGGCAUCCCACCAAGCAUCGACACCAUCCUCAAAGACCACAAGUUUAGGGCGAUGCUCCAGUCUACGCUCCAACGUCUGCAUUAUGAGGAGCAUGCCAAAAAGGACGGCGGCCAUCUCCCGCGGUAUCUUCCACCUGCUGAAUUCAACAGCACAGCAAGUGCACAGAUCACUCAGGAUGUCUAA